AUGGAUCCGCCUGGCAAAUGUACGAGAAGCAAGUCCAUGUGUUCUUCGGGGCAAACGACAAACCCGAGGACAAACAGCGGGACAUUUUCCUGGCCCGCUGCGGGACCCGCGUCUUCAGCCUUUUGCUCGAACUUCUCAAGCCGCAAGACACGCCGCACGUCAACUUCUCAAGACACGCCGCACGUCAAGACGCUGGGUGAGCUGCUCGCCAUACUGCGCUCGCAUUUCAACCCAGCACCGUCCACACUAAUGGAGUGCUUCCGCUUCAAUAACCGGAGCCGCCGGGAACGAGAGACCCUCGGGCAAUUCGUUGGUGCGCUACGAGGGUUAGCGAGUGCCUGCGCCUUCGGGGACCAGCUGGACUCGCUGCUCCGGGACCGUUUCGUCUGCGGCAUCAACAACCCUGCCAUGCAGACGCGACUCCUGGAGCUUCCCGACCCCACGCUGGAGGCCGUCGUGAAGGCAGCCAUGGCAAUGGAAGCUGCCGCCAAGGACGCCGGCGAGAUUUCCCGUGCGACUGACUCACCGUCGGCAGAAGCGGCGGUCAACGAUUUGGCGACAAAGGGCAUGCCAGUUCGCUCAAGCACAAUACGGGCGGGAAAGCUGGGCACAUGGCACGUGUAUGCCGAAGGGGAGGAUGAACAGCAAACAGCAGCAGCAGGCUCAUGUUCUUCCGCGGCCAGGCUCCACGUCGUGGCCGAGGAGCCGCCAAUAUUCGACAUGUGGCGCACAGGUUUUGUACCGUCGUCUAUGCCGCCGUACAUGCUGACCGUCGAAAUCUGCGGGCACCCCAUUUCCAUGGAGGUGGACACAGGGGCCAGCGUGUCAGUAAUGGCCGGGAAACUCUUCAAGCGUACUUGCCUCGGCGUGUCCGUCGAGGCUUCGGGCGUAACGCUGCGCAGCUCCUCCGGGCAACUCUCCCAGAUCCAGGGUCAGGCACAUGUCAGCGUUCGUUUUGGCGACAGGGAGGCAACCCUUCCCCUUUAUUUAGCGAAGGGGUCGUCGCCGACGCUGCUGCGCCGAAACCGGAUUCAUGCACUGGGCGUUCGUCUGCCGGAGUACCCGGAAGCCAGCCUGCAUAUGGUGCAGAGCUGCCAAAUCUGCCAGGAGCAUCAGCGAGCCUCGCGUCAUGUGGAAAGCACCCCCUGGCCGUUCUCACAGAGACCCUCAUCCCGCCUACAUGUGGAUUUUGGGGGACACUUCAAGAGCCAUUACUUCUUAGUGCUGGUGGACGCCUUUUCGAAGUGGGAGGAGGUUCUACCUGCCACCACUCCAUCAGCAGGCGCGACCAUUGCAGCGCUGCCACAGGUCUUCGCCGCCCAGGGGUUUCCGGAUAUCAUCGUGUCCGACAAUGGUCCUGCUUUCCCCAGCGCAGAGUACCUGACCUGGCUGACGAAGAACGAAAUCCGCCGUAUGAUGGUUCCGCCGUACCACCCUGCUUCAAAUGGUGCAGCCGAGCGGGUGGUGCAAACCAUCAAAGACAAUCUCCAGAAGAGGCAGACUGGGGAUUUCCGGACGCAGAUUGCCCGGAUACUGUUUCAGUACCGGACCACGCCCCACGAUGUCACUGACCGUGCUCCCUGUGAGCUGCUGCUGGGUGGGAUGGUCAAGACACCCUUGGACGUCUUGCAUCCGGACCUCCGAUCUACAGUGCUGUUGAAGCAGCUGAAACAGAAGCUGGCUGCUGACCAAGGGUGCCGUAUCGGGCCUUUGUCAGAGUCGGGAGCUCCAGUUUUCGCCAGGAACUUCCGUCUUGGCCCACCCUGGUCUGCUGGACAGGUGGUGUCUCCUGCCAGCGCCUAA